AUGACAUCACCGAAACGCAAAGUUGAAGUGCAUGAACAACUCCCAACUACAACUUCGCAGUGUGCAGUUGGAGCUGAAAGUAUUCAUAUCGAGAAUGCAAUGAGUGUGGAUCUGAAGAAGGUAACUAGUGAAAGGGACUUGUGGAUGCAAGCUGAAUCGUCUACCGGAGCUGCAGAACUGCAAACUGCUAAGCAAAUGAGAAAGGAAAAGAUGAAAGGUGGAUGUGCAAUAGAAGCUGCUGCAAAGGCGUUGAUGAAACGAACUGAAAAUGAAAUGGAAAAUACUCGUAAGGUAAAUGAAGAAUUCGGUACGGUGGCAGUUGGAAAUAGAUCGGGUCGAAAUAAACGGAAGACGAAUUUUAUUAGACGUAUUAUCCAAAACGACAUCGAGCAAAGUGGGAGUAAAACGGAAAAUACUGUACAGUUAUCCUUUGAUGAGACUGAAGAAAAGCCUGUUGAUUUAAGCAAUAGAAAUGGACAAGAUAAUCUAUUGGACAAGCAGCCUGAUAAAGUGAUGUCAGGUGAGCAGCAUUGCAAGGAAAGGUCCAGGAAACGAAACGGUAAGGAGGGCGGAAAUGCUUCAUCAAGUGUUAAACGAAAGCGCACUGAAUCGAAAUUAGCAAACUAUAGCAAUAGAACAUUUUCGACAUUUACACCAGCAGAGCAAAAAGAACUUUGGCGCAAUUCUUCAUUUAUUUAUGAAGGAGCCACAUUUUCAAGUUAUGAGCAAUUCCAAGAAUGUUUUGAAGCUUACAAGAGGACGGGGAAUUACCCGUAUAGAACAGCUAGUUCCGAGAUUCUCCGGGAUGGCGAAGGACGAAUGAUCGAUCGUUUUAAAUAUAAAUAUGUAGUGUUUCAUUGUGCACGUUAUGGUAUUCCACGUAGAAGAGGUGUCGGUCAACGUCCAAAUCAAAGUUAUCUUCCAUUGGGUUGCAAAGCCAGAUUUCGUUUGAAUGCUGACACAACAAAUGGAUGUCUUCGAAUUUCAUCAUUCCACAAAGAGCACAAUCAUGACAAUACUGAAGAAGACUACUUACGUGUCAUAAACAAAAGAAGACGAAACGUAACUGGCGAAACAACAUUGGGAUAUAAAUACACUGGAGAAACAGCACCAGAUGUAAAUGAACAUGCAAAUACUCCGGAAAUUACGGGGAACAAUUCUGCCCCUUUCAUUUUAACCUCAGAAAAUCAUCCCGCUCUUGCUAAUUCAUUCCAAGAAAACUCCACUCCGGCUGUUUCAUCCCAGGAAAUUCCGCUCUCCAUAUUUCAUCGCAAGAAAAUUCAGCAUUUAUGCUAAUUACUCGUUCCGCAGAAGUUGUCGCGAAUUUUGAAUAUCGCGAAGCUCCAA